UCAAUUCAUCUACGUACUCAUGUUGACUUAAUAUUUUUACCACUGCAGGGGGCAUGUAUUAUAUCUUGGUCCUAGAAUCCAGUUAUCUCUCUUGAGUUUUUUCAAUGGCUGCCAUAAGAUCACAAGAAGCCUCUUCUUCAACUUCACCUUGUAGUUAUCAUGUAUUUUUGAGCUUCCGAGGGGAAGACACUCGGAAUUCUUUCACUGACCACCUCUACACCGCGUUGGGCUAUGCCGGAUUUCACACUUUCAAAGAUGAUGAUGGGAUUGAAAGAGAAGAAAAGAUCAAGUCAGAACUGCAAAAAGCAAUAAAAGAGUCAAGGAUAUCAAUAGUUGUCUUGUCAAAGAACUAUGCAUCUUCAAGUUGGUGCCCUGAUGAGCUUGUGAUGAUCCUCAAAUGCAGGAGUACCUCUGGACAUGUAGUUCUUCCUGUUUUCUAUGACAUGGAUCCAUCCCAAUUGAGGAAGCAAAUGGGGAGUUUCGAAGAAGCAUUUGUGCGACAUGAACGGAAAAUUGAAGCAAAAAGUGGUGAAAGGAGAAAGGAAUGGAUGAGCAAGGUGGAAGAAUGGAGGGCUGCGCUCAGAGAAGUUGCUGAUUUAGCUGGGAUGAACUGACAAAAUAGAGCUGAUGGGCAUGAGUCGAGGUUUAUCCAGAAAAUCAUCAAAGUCGUUGGAGACAAACUAAGUCGCACAAUCUUGGACAUCGGCCCCUAUGCAAUCGGAUUACUUUCUCGUGCAAGAGAAAUUCAGUUUUGGUUAGAAGAUGAAUUAGCUGAUGUUGGUGUAGCUGCAAUUUG